AGAUCAGGGCGAGCGAAAGAAACGCGCGGCCGGGCUCAACCUGUUUGCUUGCGGUCGUUGUGGCGACGGCGGGCGCCUGAGCCGCUUUCAGCGCCCCCUGGUGGGAAAAAGAAGCAUGUCGGCACGGUGGGAGGCGUACACUUUGCGCACAGCGUCAUACAAUUGAGAUGAGGGACCUCGCUGGGAAUAGUAGUCCUGACUACUACUACAUUCAUAUCUUAACUCAAACCUUCAAACGAUUGCGCAGUAAACCUCGCAAAAACGGGUCGAGAAAUGAACGACGUCCUUGCGAUGUUCACGCGUUGCCCCUCCCAAGAUGGCCCCCAUGUGGCACGACGGGUUGCUCGCGCGCGCGCAAGCACUGUCCGCGCCGCCGGAGGUCACCCCGACCCGGAAGCAGUGUGGCGCGCAGGCCGGGAAGCUCGCGAUGAUCGGCGGCGGAGCUUGUGGGAGACUCCUGCGGGUGUCAGCCUCGCGCUGGACCCGCUGCUGGGUGCUCGAGUGCCGCCUGGGGUCGUCGUACCCCGGGGGCGGCGGCGGCGGCGGACCCGCCAACGUGUUCGACCGAAGCAUGAAGAAGAGGCAGAAGGAGUGGGCGAACGCAGUCCGCGACUCCCACAAGUACGACUACCUCAGAGAAGAGGUCGGCGCUCGAGUGGCGGAUCGCGUGUACGACGUGGCCAGGACCUUCCCGCUGGCCUUGGAGAUCGGCGCCGGACGAGGCUACGUUGCGCAACAUUUAAGCAAGGAGACGGUGGAGCAUUUGCUUUUGACGGACAUCUCCCAGAGCGCCCUGAGGCAGAACGCGGGCAGCGACAUGCGCUGUCACGCGCUGGCUGCCGACGAGGAGUUCCUUCCUUUCCGGGAGAAUUCCUUCCACCUGGUGCUCAGCAGCAUGAGCCUGCACUGGGUCAACGACCUGCCCGCCGCGCUCGGCCAGAUCCACGGCGUCCUGAAGCCCGACGGCGCGUUCAUCGGCGCCAUGGCCGGCGGCCAGACCUUGUACCAGCUGCGCUGCUCGCUGCAGCUGGCCGAGACGGAGCGAGAGGGAGGAUUGUCGCCGCGCGUCUCGCCCUACGCCGCCGUCGCCGACCUGGGCAACCUGCUGGGACGGGCUGGCUUCAACCUGCUCACCGUGGACACUGACGAGGUGCAGGUGAAUUAUCCCAGCGUGGUGGAGGUGAUGAUGGACUUGCAAGGUAUGGGCGAGAGCAACUGCGCUUGGAACCGCCGCUCCAUGUUGCGUCGAGACACCAUUUUGGCGGCGGCGGCUGUUUACCAAGAAAUGUACGGAGAGGAGGACGGCUCGGUCCCGGCCACCUUUGACGUCCUCUACAUGAUUGGCUGGAAGCCUCACCGCUCUCAGGCCAAAGCGGCGAAGCGAGGCUCGGCGACCGCCUCCUUUGGAGAUUUGUCCAAGAUCGCGCGGAACGACGACGCUGGCGAGUGAAAUGUGGCGCCUUUGUGUCCAAUUGAAGAAGCCCGCUGCAGCCGUCAAGAUGUCAGCGUGAGUAGCUAGCGGAACGUUCAGCAAACGUCUCCAAAGUGGCUACUGGAGGCCCUUCUUUUUUCUUUUUCCUUCAUCGCAUUUCUUCGCUCACAACCUGACAAACUAUUUCAUCUGUGCUUUUCCUCAACUAAUGAACUGUUCAAUAAAUGUUGGUCCGAUCGAA